GACAAACACCACGAUGCUGCUCAUGAAAUCAUCGAGACCAUCCGGUGGGUCUGUGAAGAAAUCCCAGAUCUCAAGCUCGCUAUGGAGAAUUAUGUUUUAAUCGACUACGACACCAAAAGGUAAGCCAGGUUCUGCCUGGACUGCGUCUCCACUUGGGACGGGCUCAGCGUGUGUGGACACAGCCUAUAAUUAGAUCUUCCUCGAUGCUGCAGGCUGAUGGGAAAGUUCCUUUUAGAGUUUCCUUUCAGAGCCAGCAUUGAGUUAUUUUGGUAGGAAAUGUUUAUCCAAUAUUGGCAGAGGCUGUCAGAGUGAGGACAUAAUUGGACACUGCACGUUGCAGCAACUGGGAUUGGUGUGUGUGUGAAACUACCCCAAGUUAGGAGUCACUCUUCACGGCAGGCAGCUGCCAGCGCCGGCGGCCUGGCCUGGGGAGCCUUGGUCCCUGCCCAGCUCUGGUCAAGGUCUCACUUGGCUUUGGCCACGUCUAGCAGUUUCCUACAGCCACAUCCUGGGUCUCCAAGGAGAGUCCUCUGGGUGGGGAAGGGCGAGGCCGUGUCUGGAAUGCCUGCCUGGAAUUUUUUUUGUUUUUCUUUGAGAAACGCUCCUGCCUGUCUCUGUCCCUGGCAGGCUCGAGGUGGCACGCAGGCUCGGGCUUAAGUAGCUGCUUAUGGCAGAGAACGCGGCCCCGAGGCGCCCUCGAGCCCCGCACAGGCCCUGCUGCCAGGCCUGCUCACGUGGGCUCACUUCUGUGUUUGGAGGACUUGUGGUCCUGGCCGGCCUUCCCAGCCUCAGUCAGCCCCUGGUCCCACCCCCUUGCCUCCCCCUCCUCCCCGUUCAGUCAUCAGCACUUGCUGUUGUGACAAGAGGCCACCCGUGCUGGCCCCUGGUCCAGAGCAGCCAGACCCCCGCAGCAUCGGCACAGGUGGCCGCACGGCCUUGGGCGGCCAGCGCAUCCAUGGGUCCUGACCCCUGAUGAGGACGCCUCCUGCCCCUGGGGUGAGGGCGCCUGUGGCCGCUGACCUUGAAUGAUGGUCUCGAGGUCCGUGCAACUCACGUCUCGUGAUGGUUGAGUGCCGUGGGCCUGGCCUAGAGCAGCUGGGGUGCUUAAAGGCGCUUUUGGUGCAAGGUGCUUGCAGGUGGGGGUUUGGUGUUCUUCCCUCCGUGUUCAGCCAGUUGAGGAAAGACUGGAAGGACGUGGGGCUGGGAGAGGGCAGGGGGCCAUCUGACGGUGCCCACCCCAGGGACCCGUGUGACCUCAGGGUCUGUGACAGCAGGGCCGGCGCAGAGAGCCGAGCUCCUCUGUCUGGUGGAUCCCGGCAGGGAUCAGGGUGCCCAGGUUCCCCUGAGCUUCCGUGUUGCUCAUCCUCCCAGAAAAGGUCUCUUCCAGGGUGUAGCCAGAGGCUUUGAAGGAGGUGUAGAAGUCAGAACACAAGGAAGUGAGGUUGUGAACUAGUGCAUUGUUUUCUCCCUGAGGCCCGCGUAGGAAGACAGGAGCUGGAGAUGGACUGGCCAUCGCGUCCACCCUUCCAUUUCGAAGAGUGGGUGCCUGGGGCCAGGGACGGGCGUGUCACUCACAGACACUGCACUCGGGUGGCUGCUGGGCCGUGCUCCCUGAGACCCCGCGGCCCAGUGCUGGGCUGGACCCCUCGCGCCUGUGCACGUGGUUAGCUCCCCUGGAAUGUGGGUUUCCUGCCUUGUUGCGGCGUGUCAGCCUGCUCCCAGCGUGUUGGAACCGCGUAUCCCUCGCUGUGUGUCUGUGUGUGAGUUUCACAGGCUUCAGCCGCGCCUGCUCUUUCCUGCUCGAGAUCUCUGGCUUUUCAGCUGCAGCUGCCAUUCUAGGAAACCGAACUUGCCGUAUGGUUACAGGUCCCAGUUGAAUUCUUUUCCUUCUGUUAGGAAGGAAGGAAGGCGCACUUCAAUUCCCAGAGCCCUUCCAGGGCCGGGGUCGUGGGCCGGGGGGUCUCGAAGAUGCAGGUGGGGAGGGGCUGCGGGGGGUGCUCCCUGCACCCCCGUAUGCGUCCUUGGGUUCCCCGGGGUCCUGGCAUCUCACUGGGGAGCAGCCAUCUUGCUGCCCUGCCUGUAGGGGGCGUUGGACGAGCCCUCGAGUGACAGCCCCUCCCCUGUGCAGCGCAGGCACCAGGCACAGCCCCUCACUGCAGGCGUCGGGCAGGUCAUCCUCCGCGGGGCCAUCCCAGGCAGCCCCCGCCCCAUCUCUCAAUGCCAGUGGUGACAACCACAAAUGGCCCCACAUACCGCUCUGGGGGUACCCCUGGGUUAGGGGGUUCCAUUGAAAAUUCAUUCCCUUGGUGUUUGGGAGAACCUAGUCUUGUUAAAAACUCCCGACAACUCCCUCGUUAAGUAUCUAACACAGGCUGCUUAUAUCUGUGAAAGUGUCAGAAACUUAAACAGGUGUAGUAAACAGAAGUGCUGUUGGCGUGAGGGGGGAGGUGCUGACCCUACUCUCUGCAGAGCCGGGGUGUCGGCCGUCGUCCCCUUCCACCCGACCAGCAGAGUGGGAGCCCUUUCUGCCUGAGCGUGGCCCUCAGCACCCCGGCUGUCCCCCCACCCACUCAAGUUAGGCCAAGGGGUAAACAUGGAGGCCCCCCCACCCCCGGCUAGGACAGGGAAGGGGCGGCCCAGCCGUGGGGCGGUGGGACUUCAUUGCAUCCACGGGUUGGGGGUGAGGCGGCCUUGGUCCCGCCCGCCUCUCUCUGCUGUGGUAGCCCUUUCCCUACCCAAGGCCUGCAGGGCACCGCUGCCCGAGGCUUUGACCCGUGAGCUGACCCCUCCGCCCUGGUCUCGAGGCCCCAUGAUGCCGCGCUGGUCUCGAGGCCCCAUGAUGCCCCUGGGACCUCUGCCCCCUCCCACGAGGCCCGGUGGCUUGUUCCGAGCUCGGCAGUGGCCAGCAGCUAUCACCUGCCUCUUUCAGCUUCGAAAGCAUGCAGAGGCUCUGUGACAAGUACAACCGGGCCAUCGACAGCAUCCACCAGCUGGUAUGUGGCCUUCACCCGCCCCUCGGGCCCGCCUCCUCCUCCAGGUCCACGCUGUGCUUCAGGACCCUGUUGCCUGUCGAGUCUCCUGGGUGCUUCAACCCGGCCCCUGAGGCCCUGGGAGUGCAGAGCCUGCAGCACCCCAGGGCGUUGGACCCUGUAGUGGGUAGGAGGUGGGGAACUGCAGCCGCUGUGACGCAGACGGUCGGGACUGAGCGGCCUCAUUACUUCCAAAGGGGUCCCGGGCCCUGGUGCGCCCCCCGGGGGCCAUGGCAGGCGGGCGGGUGACAGGGAGCCUCCCUGGGGCUUCUCCAUCCUUCACCCACCCCUCGGGCACUCUGGGCGCUGGGACAGACCAGCUAGGAGAGGGGAGCUAUGCUGGGGAGCUCACACUGCUUGGGUCCAGGGGUGCACACGUGUGCACACGUAUCCCUGCACGGGUACAUGCAUGCAUGCAGGUUCAUACUACACACAUCCACACACAGGCUCACACACAUGCUCCCGCACACAUGCGUCACCAUUGGGGGCAGCGGCACGGCCGGCGGGGCGGGGCCCAGGUGGACCAACUGGCGCUCCCUGUGCCGCAGUGGAAGGGCACCACGCAGCCCAUGAAGCUGAACACGCGGCCGUCCACGGGGCUCCUGCGCCACAUCCUGCAGCAGGUCUACAACCACUCGGUGACCGACCCCGAGAAACUCAACAACUAUGAGCCCUUCUCCCCGGAGGUGUACGGGGAGACUUCCUUCGACCUGGUCGCCCAGAUGAUCGACGAGAUCAAGAUGACCGAAGACGACCUGUUUGUGGACCUGGGUAGCGGAGUGGGCCAGGUUGUGCUGCAGGUCGCUGCGGCUACCAACUGCAAACAUCACUAUGGUGUCGAGAAAGCUGACAUCCCGGCCAAGUACGCGGAGACCAUGGACCGAGAGUUCAGGAAGUGGAUGAAAUGGUAUGGAAAAAAGCAUGCAGAAUACACACUGGAGAGAGGAGAUUUCCUCUCGGAGGAGUGGAGAGAGCGGAUCGCCAACACGAGUGUUAUAUUUGUGAAUAACUUUGCCUUUGGUCCUGAGGUGGAUCACCAGCUGAAGGAGCGGUUCGCAAACAUGAAGGAAGGUGGCAGAAUCGUGUCCUCGAAGCCCUUUGCACCUCUGAACUUCAGAAUAAACAGUAGAAACUUGAGUGACAUCGGCACCAUCAUGCGCGUCGUGGAGCUGUCGCCUCUAAAAGGCUCGGUGUCGUGGACGGGGAAGCCGGUGUCUUACUACCUGCACACCAUCGACCGCACCAUACUUGAAAACUAUUUUUCUAGUCUGAAAAAUCCAAAACUCAGGGAGGAACAAGAGGCAGCUCGGCGCCGGCAGCAGCGGGAGAACAAGAGCAACACGACCACCCCCACCAAGGUGCCCGAGAGCAAGACGGCCAUGCCCGCCGACACCCCCAUGGACUCUGGUGCUGAGGAAGAGAAAGCCGGGGCGACCACUGUCAAGAAGCCAUCUCCCUCCAAGGCCCGGAAGAAGAAGCUGAACAAGAAGGGCCGGAAGAUGGCCGGCCGGAAGCGCGGACGUCCCAAGAAGAUGAGCACCGCCAACCCCGAGCGCAAGCCCAAGAAGACCCAGAGCGCACUGGACCUGCUGCACGCCCAGACUGUGUCGCGGGCGGCGUCACCCUCGCCGCAGGGCGCCCCCUACCAGCUACCUCCCAGCACGCAGCGACGCCCCCCUGAGCAGCUGCUGCUGGCGCCCGCCCCGCCUGCCCUACACCGGCUGCUAGAAUCCUUCAAGAUUCAGUACCUACAGUUCCUGGCGUACACAAAGACCCCUCAGUACAAGGCCAACCUGCAGCAGCUGCUGGACCAGGAGAAGGAGAAGAACACCCGGUUGCUGGGCGCCGUGCAGCAGCUGUUCGGCCACUGCCAAGCUCAGAAGGAGGAGAUCAAGAGGCUUUUCCAGCAGAAACUGGAUGAGCUGGGAGUGAAGGCGCUGACCUACAACGACCUGAUCCAAGCGCAGAAGGAGAUCUCAGCUCACAACCAGCAGCUGAGGGAGCAGACGGAGCAGCUGGAGAAGGGCAACCGGGAGCUGAGGAGCCAGAGCCUGCGGCUGCUCAAGGCACGGUGCGAGGAGCUGAAGCUGGACUGGUCCACGCUGUCCCUUGAGGGCCUGCUGAAGGAGAAGCAGGCCCUGAAGAGCCAGAUCUCGGAGAAGCAGAGGCACUGCCUGGAGCUGCAGAUCAGCAUUGUGGAGCUGGAGAAGAGCCAGCGGCAGCAGGAGCUCCUGCAGCUGAAGUCCUGCGUGCCGCCCGACGACGCCCUGUCCCUGCACCUGCGCGGGAAGGGUGGCCUGGGCCGAGAGCCGGAGGCCGAGCCCGGCCGGCCACACCUGGAGCUGGACUGUGCCAGGUUCUCCCUGCCCCACUUGAGCAACAUGAGCCCGGAGCUGUCCAUGAACGGCCACGCGGCCGGCUAUGAGCUCUGCGGCGCGCUGAGCCGGCCCUCGCCCAAGCAGAACACCCCCCAGUACCUGGCCUCCCCCCUGGACCAGGAGGUCGUGCCCUGCACCCCGAACCACAGUGGCCGGCCGAGGCUCGAGAAGUUGUCCGGCCUGGCCCUGCCCGACUACACCAGGCUCUCCCCGGCCAAGCUGGUGCUGCGGCGCCACCUGAGCCAGGACCACACAGCCAACAGCAGGGCGACCGCCAGCGAGCUGCACUCACGAGCUGAGCAUGCCAAGGAGAACGACCUCCCGUACCAGAGCCCCGGCAUCGCCAACGGCAUCAAACUGAGCCCACAGGACCCUCGGCCCUCAUCCCCUGCGGCCUUGCAGAUGACGGGAGAGAAGAGCAGUGAGAAGCGGGAGCAGGCUGGCCCGGUGGUGUGUCUGCAGGGUUUGAAGGAGCGCACCUACGCCAGCAGUGGGGAGGCCAUCACCAGCCUGCCCGUCAGCAUCCCGCUCAGCACCGUGCAGCCUAGCAAGCUGCCAGUCAGCAUCCCUCUGGCCAGCGUGGUGCUGCCCAGCCGCGCCGAGAAGGUGAGAAGCACCCCCAGCCCCGUGCCGCAGGCCCGAGAGUCCUCGUCCACACUGGAGAAGCAGAUGGGUGCUGGCACCCACGGCUCCGGGUGCAACGCUGCUGGGAGCAGAAGCCUCGCCCUGGCCCCCGCAGGCUUUGCCUACGCCGGCUCAGUGGCCAUCAGUGGGGCCCUGGCAGGCAGCCCGGCACCACUCGUCUCUGGAGCCGAGCUCCCCGCCCUGGACGAGUCCUCCAGCUCCGGAAGCCUCUUUGCCACUGUGGGGUCCCGCAGCUCCACCCCUCAGCACCCCCCCCUGCUGGCGCAGCCCCGCAACUGCGGCUCGGCCUCGCCCGCCCCCCAGCUCUGCGCCAGUCCCCGGCUCGGCGCCCAGGGCCCGCUCCCCGACACCAGCAAAGGAGACCUGCCCUCUGAGGCCGGCUUCUCGGAUCCCGAGAGUGAAGCCAAGAGAAGGAUCGUCUUCACCAUCUCGGCCGGCUCUAGCAGCGCCAAACAGUCACCUUCCAGCAAGCACAGCCCUCUGUCCUCGGGCACCCGCGGUGACGGCGGCCAGAGCCACGGGCAGGACAGCCGCAAGAGGGGCAGGAGGAAGCGGGCAGCGGCGGGGACCCCCGGCUUCAGCUCGGGCGUGUCCCCCAAGCGCCGGGCCCUGCCGUCCGUCGCCGGCCUCUUCACCCAGUCUUCAGGGUCCCCCCUGAACCUCAACUCCAUGGUCAGCAACAUCAACCAGCCCUUGGAAAUCACGGCCAUCUCGUCCCCCGAGAGCUCCCUGAAGAGCUCGCCUGUCCCUUACCAGGACAACGACCAGCCGCCCGUGCUCAAGAAGGAGAAGCCCCUGAGCCAGACCAACGGGGCCCACUAUUCCCCGCUGACCUCGGAUGAGGAGCAGGGCUCUGAGGACGAGCCCAGCAGUGCCAGAAUUGAGAGAAAAAUUGCAACCAUCUCCUUAGAAAGCAAAUCUCCUCCGAAAACCUUGGAAAAUGGGGGCGGCCUGGCGGGAAGGAAGGUGCCAGCCAGCGAGCCGGUCAACAGCAGCAAGUGGAAGUCCACCUUCUCGCCCAUCUCCGACCUCGGCCUGGCCAAGGCAGCCGACAGCCCGCUGCAGGCCGCCUCCGCUCUGAGCCACAACUCCCUGUUCGCUUUCCGGCCCGGCCUGGAGGAACCUGGCGCGGCUGAUGCCAAGCUGGCUGCCCACCCCAGGAAGAGCUUCCCAGGCGCGCUGCCGGGGGCGGGCGGGCUGAGCCCCAGCAGCCAUCCCGCCAGCAGCUUCGCCCUGGGCGGGGGCCUGGCGGCCGACCUCAGUUUACACAGCUUCAGCGAUGGUGCUUCUCUCUCCCACAAGGCCCCCGAGGCGGCCGGCCUGGGCACCCCCCUGAGCUUUCCCGGCCCGCGGGGCAAGGAGGGCGGCGCCGCAGACCCCGGCUCCUUCGUGAACAAGAGACAGCUGGACGGACUGGCCCCGAAGGGCGAGGGGGGCCCACCUGUGUGCGGGCCCGCGGACAAGGCCUCAGCGAUGCACGGCAAGGCGGGCAAGGGCCGUGACCGCGAGCCCGACGUCAAGAACGGCCACAACCUCUUCAUGGCCGCUGCUGCUGCUGCCGCCGCCGCCGCUGCCACCCCCCCCGGGGGCCUCCUCAGCGGCCCGGGCCUUGCCCCGGCGGCGUCCUCGGCAGGGGGCACGGCCCCGUCCGCCCAGACCCACCGCCCCUUCCUGGGCGCCUUCGCCCCCGGCCCGCAGUUCGCACUGGGCCCCAUGUCCCUGCAGGCCAACCUGGGUCCGUCUGUGCUGCAGUCCCUGUUCAGCUCCGUGCCCGCCGCCGGCCUGGUGCACGUCUCAACCGCCGCCACCAGACUGACCAACUCGCACGCCAUGGGCAGCUUCUCCCCCGGGGUGGCCGGCGGUGCAGUCGGAGGUGCCUUUAACCACGCGGUGCCUCCCGCCUCCGCUCAUCCGUUUGGAGCCAGUUUCGGCAGUGGGGCUGCAUGUCGCAGCGCCACGCUGAGCCUAACCCCGCUGCAGGCGGUGGCCAGCACCCCGGCCUCUUCCUUUCAGGCCCCGCCCCCUGCGGAGCCGAGGCCGCCCCCGCCCCCUCCGCACCUGGGCCGGCCCCCUCCGGGGCCGCCCGCCCUCCACGCCCCGCCCCCUCCUAACGCCGCCUUGCCUCCGCCCCCCGCGCUGCUCCCGGCUAACUCUGAGCCCGUGCUCCUGCAGAACCUCGCGUCCCUCCCAGCUAACCAAGCUUUCUUACCUGCCUCCUCUGCUGCCUCUGUGCCGCCUGCUAACGCCUCUCUGUCCAUCAAGCUCGCCUCACUUCCGCACAAGGUGUCCCGCCCCUCCUUCACGGUGCACCACCCGCCCCUGCCCGGGCUGGCCCUGGCCCAGGCCGCGCCCGUGAUCCCGCAGGCCAGCUCCACGGGGCCGCCCGCCGUGUGGGUUUCCCUUGGCAUGCCACCUCCGUAUGCCGCGCGCCUUGCGGGGGUUAAGCCGCGAUAAAGACCUUGCUUAGCUAGCAGUUCGUAUUCUGUAAGGUAAGGCUAGAGCUCGACCAGGCGGCCCAUACGAGAACCUGAACUGACCUUCCUUUGCAGAAAACAGGCGGGCCCGCGGGGCCCCGUGGAGGGGCCCGGGGGCCAAGGUUGCUCUCCUGCGGCCGGGAGGUGCGAAGGCGAAGAGCCAGGGAGGCAAGGGAACCCGGGCGGCGAGAGCAGAGAGAGGGAGGGUGUGGCUGGCCCCGCCCCCUCCGCCGCUGCCGGUGGACCCUCCCCCCAGGUCGACCAGGGAGGGGGCCAGGAGGAGUCAGUCAGGGUUGGCGUCCUGGCCGGGUGGAGCCUAGCUCGAGCUUGCCGCCGCCCUAGGCUUGGCGUCUGCAGCAGCCUGGGACCUGGGCAGCCCCGGCGUGGGGUCAUGGGGGCAGCUCAGGAUCCCAGCUUUGCCUUUGUGUGCGCUCUUGGGCCCCUCAGCCCGUUUCCAUAAACGCGCCUUAUGAGGGUUUGGGGAGAGCUCAACGCGUUUAAGGCACCUGGUACACGGCAGGCCUUCUGGACGUGGGGGUCGCGUUUGUUGGGCUCCUUAGCUAGAGGGCCUGCCUGCAGGGGCCGAUGGGCAGCAGGGUGAGUGUGGCGCCAGCCCCACAGGCAGGAACGCCGGGCCGGUGGCGGGGCUCUGUAGUUGUGGCCGAGGCCCGGCUCCUCCGGCCUCCGAGACGCACGGGCUGCCUUUCAGACCGUCCGUGUGGGGGUCAGCGGAGACAAGCGUAGGAAGGGCCCGCUUUCGGGAGCUGGAGGGGGCAGGUGUCUGCGAGGCCUCCAGGGAGGGUCCUGGGCCCCGGUGCAGCUGGCCUGGCCACUGCUGGUGCCAUGUCCACAUCCCCGUGGGGCCAGGACUGGAGCGGGGGUCCUGCCUGCCGUCCUUGGCUGUCUGUCGUGUUUUUAAGUGGAAACAGAUGAGAGGCCGCUGGAGUCUGACGGCCUCCUGGUCAGGGUGCAGGUCAGUGGACAGCCCUACCCGAGGCCUGGGGAUGGGCUGUGCCUCGGUUGUUGGAAAAGCCCAGAAGGUAGGGCGGCUCAGCCUGCAAUGGCCUCGCGCCGUCAGAGGAGCUUGGAGAGGGCAGACGUGCACUGGGAGGUCGGGGACCAGGCCCACAGUGGACGCUGCCUGCCUGCCGUCCUGGCCGCGCCGGCCUCACUCCUGGGGCAUGCAGGCUUGUCCUGGAGCGCUGCCCGGCGUGGGGACCGGGGAGGGUCUCCUGGGGAGGAGGGGAGGCCAGGACCCAACCAGCGCCCCACACGCACUGGAAGGGCCUGGGGACAGGACCUCCUGCCUCUGACAGGGCCCAGAGGCGUGGCUCAGGGUGCUGCCACCACCUCGUCUGCCGUCUGUCGUCCGUCCGUCCGUCCGUAGGUGGCUCUGGCGCCCUGGCCUGGGGGUGCGACGGGCUCGUCUGGGCGCGAGGCUAACGCUAUGCUGCCUUUCCUCCCGCGCCGUGUCCGCAGGUAACUAGGAUUUCUACCUCAACCGCGAGACUAUGCAAGGAUGGGGCGGGCUGGCGGCGCGGGGCCCCCCGCAGGACGGCGAGGACGGAUGGAGGCCAGAGGACAGGCUCUACUGUGAAUCAGCGCCGCGCACAGCUGCGGAGACGGCGCGCUGGGGCCUGGCUCCAGCCUGUACUGUCGAUAGUCUUAGAUAAAGUAUUUAUCGUUUUUUAAAAAGUAUAAACAA